AGUAGUCUGAAGUGUGGAGAAGUCAGGAACUCUCGUCCUCACAGGGUAAAGAUGCAGACGCCAGCGGAGUCAAUCAUCCACAGCGGCUAUUUCCACAAAACACUCCGAUACUGGCAGAGCUGCGCUGCUGAUCUGAAGCCUGACAAUCUCAUCUACCCAAUCUUCAUCACAGACAGUGCAGAUGCAGUGGAGCCCAUCAACAGCCUGCCAGGACAGGCCAGACAUGGGGUGAACAAGCUGGAGGAAAUGUUGAAUCCACUUGUGGCAAACGGCUUGAAAUGUGUCCUGAUUUUUGGUGUUCCAGCAAACAUAGCAAAGGAUGACAGAGGAUCAGGAGCCGACUCGGACGACACGCCGGCUGUGUUGGCUGUGAAGAAAAUCCGGUCCUUGUAUCCGGAGCUGCUGGUGUCCUGCGACGUCUGCCUGUGUCCCUACACGUCACACGGACACUGUGGAAUCCUGAAUGACGACGGCACUCUGAACAACGACGCCAGCUGCCUGCGUCUGGCGGAAGUCGCUCUGGCUUACGCUCGAGCUGGUUGUCACAUCAUCGCUCCCUCUGAUAUGAUGGAUGGAAGAGUCGGAGCCAUUAAACAAGCACUGAUAUCCAACGGUCUUGGAAACAAGGUCUCUGUGCUGAGCUACAGUGCAAAGUUCGCCUCCUGUUACUACGGACCCUUCAGAGAUGCUGCUCAGUCCAAGCCGGCCUUUGGAGACCGACGCUGCUACCAGCUGCCUCCUGGAGCCAGAGGUCUGGCUGUCCGCGCUGUGGAACGAGACGUGAGGGAAGGAGCUGACAUGCUGAUGGUGAAGCCCGGGCUGCCCUAUCUGGACAUCGUAAGGGAAGUCAAAGACAAGUUCCCGUCCCACCCUCUGGCGGUUUACAACGUGUCGGGGGAGUUUGCUAUGAUGUGGCACGGAGCUCAGGCCGGAGCGUUCGACCUGAAGGCCGCCGUCAUGGAGGCCAUGACCGCCUUCCGCCGGGCAGGCGCUGACAUCAUCAUCACCUACUACACACCUCAGCUGCUCACCUGGCUGAAGGAGUGACCGACGGACACCUGAGGAACCGAGGCGGACCAACGGAGGGACUUUAGUUAAGCUAAACUAGAGCCCUACGGGAAAUAAAGCUAAUUACAAACAAUCCGUUUAUUUUUAGAGCUUUUUGUUUUUUGGAAUUGUGUCACGGUAACAAGUCACCCUGCACAUGUCUAUCUGUGUGUCAGAUUAAAGCUUUAGAAGGGCUGAUGUGGAGAAUGUAAACGUAUAUUAUUGUGUUUUUUUUUAGCAGAAAAUGCGUCAUUGGGAUCAGCAACAGAUAACAUGGGUCGUCUCUCAGCAACAGAUAACAUGGGUCGUCUCUCAGUAACAGAUAACAUGGGUCGUCUCUCCUCACUAAUGUGAUCAUGGAUUGUGUAGAUUUUUACGAAUCGAUAACGUGUGACUGCUGCCUGAGGUGGCUGUGAGUCCUCUCUGAAUAAGCUCCUGUUGACCAGAAAUAAAUAAAGUCAUUCUAUCAUGUC